CGAUUCCCUUAGUUAUUACUCCGUAUAUAUCUCCAGCUCAAGCGGAGGAAGAAUCUCCAUUGUUGUUCAGUUUGUUAGUUUCCUACAGAAAAAUGGCACUCUCUACUUGCUUUUCUCCUUCCCAAUCCUCACUGAAGAUAAACCGUUCAGGGGUCAUUUGUAGACUGACCUGCAACCAAAGAUUCACUUUUGCUCUCAGAUGUACCAAAGCUGAAAUUUAUGGCCAACGCGUUCCUGUAAGGGUGUCCAACGUACUCGGCAACUGGAGUUUCAUGGUUGGAUCAAGGAUUACCAUUAGACCAAACCUGCAGAGAUUCCAACCUUAUAGAGGGAGCUGUUUAGUGCGCGCUUCAUGGUUGGCAAGUUCUCAAAUUGCCAGUAGUGUGUUUACGUUGGGAACGGCAGCAGUUCUUCCAUUCUAUACCCUCAUGGUUCUGGCUCCAAAAGCUGAACUGACCAAGAAGUCUAUGGAAAGUAGUAUUCCAUACAUAGUGCUCGGACUUCUGUAUGCAUAUCUCUUGUACUUGUCUUGGACACCUGACACAUUACGGCUAAUGUUUGCGAGUAAAUAUUGGCUGCCAGAGCUGUCUGGUAUAGCGAAGAUGUUCUCCAAUGAGAUGACGUUAGCUUCUGCAUGGAUUCACUUGUUAGCUGUUGAUCUCUUUGCUGCAAGGCAGGUUUUCCACGAUGGACUGGAGAGCGAAACCGAGACCCGACAUUCAGUCUCUCUCUGCCUGCUUUUUUGUCCUGUUGGAAUCGUUUCUCAUGUGCUCACCAAAGCGCUAACCAAAAGUUCCAGAAAUUCCAAGCACAAUGUGCAUUAACAACUUGUACCAAAAAGAUGGAUCUGUAUGACAAGCAACACAUUAGGAACAGUAGGUUUUUCAUGAAGAUUAAUAUUCUACAGAUUCAUUAGAAUUUCACAAGGCACUUGUUCUAUUUGCAAGGACGUUUUCUCCAUGAUUCUUCUUCAUUAUCACAAUGGCCGACUUUUGUCUC